UGGCAGCAGCGCGGCGCAGGCAGGGAGCAGGCAGCGAGCCGAGGGUGUGUUGCCUCUAAGCUGGGUAUUCUGGCAAGGUGGAGAGCUGGUCUGUUUGGCAGGACCUUCCCAUCUGGGAUCCAUCUGUGUUUCCCUGGAAUCGGACAGGCGGCUCCAGGCAGUGAGAAAUCGCAGAUGUGCGGGACCUGACACAUGUCCAGCUAAUGAAAGGAGAAGGCAGGCUGGGCUCCGGCUGCGCUCGAAGAUCACGGGCGGAGGAGGAGGAGGAAGAGCGCUUUUCUUUCUGUUUGAAAGAAACGAGGUGUAUUGCACAGCAGCUGGAUCCUUGCAACCUCGCUGGCUAGGUUGCUGGUGAGAAGAGGGUGCCAGUGAUGCCCGGAUCGCCCGUGGAAGUGAAGAUCCAGUCCAGGUCCUCUCCUCCCAACAUGCCGCCGCUGCCUCCCGUCAACGCCGGCGGCCCCCGGCCCGUGUCCUUCACUCCAACUGCACUGCCCAACGGGAUCAACCAUUCCCCCCCGACCCUGAACGGGGCCCCAUCCCCACCCCAGAGGUUCAGCAACGGCCCUUCCUCCUCCUCCUCCUCCUCACUGACCAACCAGCAGCUCCCAGCCACGUGUGGGGCCCGGCAGCUGAGCAAGCUGAAGCGUUUCCUCACCACCCUGCAGCAGUUUGGGAAUGACAUCUCACCAGAGAUCGGGGAGAAGGUCCGGACCCUCGUCCUGGCACUCGUGAACUCGACGGUGACAAUCGAGGAAUUUCACUGCAAGCUGCAAGAGGCGACCAACUUCCCCCUGCGGCCAUUUGUGAUCCCCUUCCUGAAGGCCAACCUGCCUCUGCUGCAGCGGGAGCUGCUGCACUGUGCCCGCGCUGCCAAGCAAACGCCCUCCCAGUACCUGGCCCAGCACGAGCACAUCCUGCUCAACACCAACACCACAUCUCCUGCUGACUCCUCCGAGCUGCUCAUCGAGGUCAAUGGCAAUGGCAAGAGGCACAGUCCAGACAGGAGGGAAGACAGCAGCUUUGAGAGGGAGCCGCUGCCAACAGAGCCUCCAGCCAAGAGGGUUUGCACCAUCAGCCCCGCGCCCCGGCACAGCCCUGCCCUCACCAUCCCCCUGAUGAACCCCAGCGGGCAGUUCCACCCCACCCCACCACCCCUCCAGCACUACACCUUGGAAGAUAUUGCCACCUCCCACCUCUACAGGGACCCCAGCAAGAUGUUGGAGCACAGAGAGAUCCGGGACAGGCACGGCGGGCUUGGGUUGAAUGGAGGCUACCAGGACGAGCUGGUGGAUCACCGCCUGACGGAGAGGGAGUGGGCGGAUGAGUGGAAGCAUCUCGAUCACGCCCUGAACUGCAUCAUGGAGAUGGUGGAGAAGACGCGGCGCUCCAUGGCGGUGCUGCGGCGCUGCCAGGAGGCCGACAGGGAGGAGCUCAACUACUGGAAACGGCGCUGCUCCGAGACGGCCGAGCCGCGCAAGGCGGGCAGCGAGCUGCUGAGCCGCCAGCACAGCCCCGCCAGCGCCGACUCCGCGGGCAGCGCAGAUUCCCUGAGGGAGUUCAGCAGCAGGUCGGGGACGGGCUACGUCACGGAGGAGAUUUGGAAAAAAGCCGAAGAAGCUGUGAACGAGGUGAAGCGGCAGGCCAUGUCGGAGGUGCAGAAGGCGGUGGCCGAGGCCGAGCAGAAGGCCUUUGAGAUGAUCGCGUCGGAGCGGGCGCGCAUGGAGCAGACCAUCGCCGACGCCAAGCGCCAGGCCACCGAGGAUGCCUUCCUGGUCAUCAACGAGCAGGAGGAGUCCACUGAGAGCUGCUGGAACUGCGGCCGCAAGGCCAGCGAGACGUGCAGCGGCUGCAACAUCGCCCGCUACUGCGGCUCCUUCUGCCAGCACAAGGACUGGGAGAGGCACCACCGCAUCUGUGGGCAAAGCCUGCACGGCCAGAGCAAGCCCCUGGCACUGCCCACGGGCCGGGUGGCAGCCAAGAGCCUCGAUGGCAUCCCCAGCCCAGCCCUGGAGAAGAGCUCGGCCACCACCUCGCGCUCCUCCACGCCGGCCUCUGUGACAGCCAUAGACACCAACGGGCUCUAGGAGGGAGCCUUGGCUUGGCUUCACUCCACUGGAUGAGCUCCCUGGGGGUUUUAAAGCUGAAAAAGCCCCUGCAGCAACUGUUAUCACUUGAUAGAUUUGACACAUCGGGGCACCGACACUCCGGCCUUGCCCUCUCAUCCUGCCUGUUCC